AGAGGAAUUUGGGUCAACUUCGUCUUCAUCUUGUAAAUUUAGACGAUGGCUCGAAUAGGAUUCUCACUAUUAUUGUGGUUUUGCCUGUUCGUUGUUGAGUCUGACGCAGCUGCUUCAACUACUGAAGGCUAUUUUAAUGGGAAUGCCUAUGCAGAAUACUUACUUCAUAAGAAACCAAUAAAGAGCUCUUCUAAUACAGUACAGCUGUCUUUCUCUACUAUUCAGCCUAAUGGAUUGAUCUUACAUGGAGACAGCACAGGAGAUGAGUUUGGAGACUACUUUACUUUAGAGCUUAUUGGAGGAAAGCUUAGGUUUGCAUUGAGCUUAGGAAGGUACCAAGGUGAAGAUGACCAUAAGAACGUUACCCUUGGUGAUGAACUGGCAAACAACAGAUUCCAUAGUGUAGAAAUACAGUUUCGUGGCCGAGAAACUAUCGUUAUACUUGAUAAGGAUUCAACUGGAGAGAAACAACGUCGAAUUGAAACUCGCUAUAAAGAAUUGCAUCUAGAUAACUAUUUCUUUAUUGGGGGUGCACAUGAUUUCAGCAGACUAAGGGACAUUAUUUCAGGUGCCAAUUUUAAAGGUUGUCUGAAAGGAGUCAAAUUCAAUGCCUGGAAUCUGUUGCAAGCCCUUGGCGGUGAUGCCACGACACUGAGAAAAUAUGAUGUAAAGGAAGCUUGCAAACCAGAGUCAUAUACUCCAUUUACGCUUUUUGGCAAGGCUUCAGAAUUUACUUUCCGUGACAUAAGAACAAGUGGAAAUUCUCUGAAGGGCUCUUUAAAGUUCAGAACCUACAAGAGGAGUGGGACAAUACUGAGACAGCCUACAAGCAACCAAAAAGGGUUUGAACUGAAGUACACUGCAGAGCAAGUUUCACUUUCUGUUACCAUCAAAAACAGCCCAACAACUGUUUCAGUUCAGCAAAUCUUCAAGUUCAAAACUGUUGACAAGGGCAUGUGGCAUGAUGUUUCUUUUGAAAUAAGUGCUGCUCGUGUUAAACUAAUGGUCAACAACAUUGCUGACUUUCGCCCGCCAGGUUCAGAUUUCCCUUCCAGCUUCUUUACUGGAAAUGUUUUAGUUGGUGGUCAGGAUUUCAUUGGUUGUUUGUGGGAUCUCACUUUGAAUGACAAAAAGUUUGAUGCAGUGAAAGAGAAUAAUGCCAACAUACAAACUGGUGUUUGUAAUAUCACUGAUUUUUGCUCCCCUAAUUCCUGUAAGAACAGGGGCAAAUGUACUCAAGAUGGAAAAAACUUUGCCUGUGACUGCUAUGGAACAGACUACACUGGAGCUGUUUGUCAAGUCCCAAAAUACCCUCGUACUUGUUAUGAAUAUCGACAAGAAUUCCCUGAAAUGGAAACUGGAAACUACACAAUUGAUCCAGAUGGCCCAGGAAUUGAAGAACCUUAUCAAACCAUCUGCAACAUCACCACAGAACUUGACUGGUUUGGGGAUGAAAUCUCUCGUGUUUGGACUGAAGUCAAAAAUCAAGAUCUCAAUGUACUUCUUCAGAAAUACCCCCCGGAGGAAGGCAGCAAACCAGAAUCUGUUAUCCGCGACAUCAUGUAUAAGCCAAACUUCAUAUCAGCUCAAACGGUUGCACUGGCAAGUGAGUAUUGCCGUCAGUUCAUAGAAUACCUGUGCACCAAUUCCAAACUUCUCAACAAACUCAACCCUGCUUAUGGUCACUGGGUGGGUUCCUUUGGAAAACAUAACUACUGGUGGGGUGGCUCAGGACCAGACCAUCCUGGCAAAUGUGCGUGUGGUGUCAGAGGUGAUUGUAUUGGUGGUGGCAACUAUUGGUGUAACUGCGAUGCUUCCCGUGAUACUCUUGAAAGUGAUGAAGGAUAUUUGAUUGGGACAAAUGGGCAAACAUUGCCUGUUUCCCAGGUGCUGUUUGGUGAUGUGAAUAUUGACCAAGAUCAUUAUGCUAAUUACACUGUGGGAAGUCUUCUGUGUUAUGGUCGUCCAAACAACACUGCAACAUUUACUCGAGAGGAUGGGAUCAUUGAACUCAGAUAUAGAGAGGGGACUCUUGAUGGGGAUAAUGGCUACAUCUCCCUGUUCUUUCGUACUCCUUAUGACAGAGGCAUCCUUUUCCAUCAAGGGGAUAAAACAAAGAACACCAGAGACUUCAUUAGAGUUGCCAUCACUGGCAAUGACUCAGUCACUUUGACUUUUGACAUUGGUAACGGUGUGCGGUCGUUAACUGUCAGAGUCACUGAAAACGAACUCAACACAAACAGACUUUGGCACAGAGUUGAUGUGUGGUUCAACAUCAAAGAAUUUAUAUUGCAAGUUGAUAAAGUCAAGAAAACAAUGCUGAAUCCACUACAGUCCAGCAAACAGUUAGAUGUUGUCGGCAACCUGUACAUUGGUGGUUAUAUGAGAGAUCUGAUGCAAGGAUUUGUGGGAUGCAUGAGGGGACUGAUGAUCAAUGGUCGAAUAAUCAACCUUGCCAAGUUUGCCGAGUUUUCUCGUUAUGUGAAUCCAGGCUGUGAAGGAGGUUGUAAAAAAGAUAAAAAUCCGUGCAAAGGAGGUGCUCGAUGCGUUGAUGAUUACAACAUUUUCCGUUGUGAUUGUCAGCUUACUCCGUAUUAUGGCUACUACUGUGAAAAAGAUUGGGGAGCUACAUUCAGAGAAAAAGAGAGCUUUUUGAAAUACACUUGGCCUGUGGAACAAAAAGACGCUUAUGGUACAGAUAUUGCAGUUGGGUUCGAGACGAAGCAAUGUUCAGGCACAGUCAUGCGAAUGAAUGGCGUCGACGAACGAGAUUACUUCUCGGUUUCCAUCGACACAAAAGAUCGACUCCGCUUUGCCUUUAGUUUCUCACAUCCAGGAGUCAAGCAACAAGAAGAUGCAUUGAUGAUCGACAGUGACUUGGCAGAUGGAAAAUCGUUCUGCAAUGGAAGAAAGCAUUCAUUUUCCAUUGAGCGCAUGUACGAUAAAGUUGUGUACAAAGUCGAUGGUGGAAAUGAGAUCAGGAGAGAUGUUCCCAAACUUAGUGUUCCUUUCAAGAAACCAAAAGAAGUGAUUAUCGGUUCGACAGGACGUGGUCGCUUUGAAGGUUGUAUCUCUGGCGUAAAAGUCACUAACUGGCCGACAAGGAAAGUCAAGGAAGAAACGGUCGAACCCAUCAAGUGGGCGUUGUACGAUUUUAAAAACGAGAAAGAUAUGCAAUCAGUUGGCAUCGCACGACAAAAGUGCGGUCCUGAGCCUGAGGUUCCUCCAAUCCCUACGAGACCUAUUCCAGGACCACACGGCCCAACUACUCCUCCUCCCGGCCCGCCAGGUGGUCCAGAGAAAGGAAAGCGUAAGAUAGAUGAUGAGUACACCGCCAUUAUUGUAAUCAUCGUUCUGCUUAUCAUCCUUUCCAUUAUUGCUGUCCUUGCUCUUAUCUACUGGUACUACGCUAAACACAAGGGUGUCUACCAUACUCAUGAAGAUGAUGCUGGCAAAGUUAAUGAACCGUUCAUAGAUCUACAACCCAUGCCAGCUGCCGCAGCAGCACCAGACGAUUCCAAACCAAAGCAAGAAUGGUAUAUCUAGUUUUUGCCGCCCUUUUCAUCGUCAUCUGAAUGCCAUUUCUAUGGUCCAUAUAUAAACGAAAGUGCCUUUGAAAAUAACAGAAAGAACAAAGCUUAACUAGUUUUUAAAAGAAGCAUAUUUCUUAUUCAGCUUCCUCAAAGCGCCGUAAACUUUGUAGUGCAUUUCAUUAACAAAAAAGAUUGCAUGUUUUGUCUGGAAAUUUGUUUUAUAAUAAUGUGACUACAAGUAACAUUAUUACACGCUUCGAUAAAAAACUGUUGAGACAUCUUUUCUAUUAAUAGUAAAUCAAGCACCAUUAUUUUACUUCAGUAAAGAUACUUAUAUCGGGAAAAUGCCAACAUUGCACAUUAAUUUACUUAAUCGGAAGAAUCUGCAGCCACAGCUGAGAUGGAUAUGCUUAUCGUUAUCAAAUGUAAUCGUCCAUCAUAUAAUGUACAAAUGCAUAUUCACAUGUGUGUAAAAACUCUUGCCAUAGUGAUCUAGAUCAGCAUGAUUUCAGGAAAAUAGAUACAAUUAUUACAGCAUAAAGUGAAUCCAGAAUGUGAUCAGAUCGUCAAUUUAUAGUUAAAGAUGGCACAUUCUUUAGCUGUUUUGUUCGUGUUAUUUUGUUGAAAUUGUUGUACAUGAUAGUCAUGCAUUAUCCAAUCGUGUUUAUAAUGUAAGCGUUUUUAAAAAUAAAUACAAAGAACAAAAA